UUAGAGAGACGAACACAUCUUGCAAUGCAGCCAAGAGGAUUUGGAGCACAGUCCAAAUAGUAACUAUUACUCUUCACCCCAGUCACAGGUCCACUGGUUACUGCUGGGUCUGUGGAUUUGUGGGGUAUGCAGAAGACAAGGCUGGACUCACUCACCCUUCAGCUGAGAUCAGAGUUGCUGUACAUGAAGGAGUCUGGUUCCUCUCUCACUGCACAAAUGGAGUGUAUGUUUCGUGUCCUCCAGGACUUAAAGCGUUCUUCACCACCUUCACCUGUGGAUAAAGAGGAGACACCGGUGCCGCCUCUUCGCAGAGUUCUCAAACGAGAUCACCGUCCUGGUCACCGAACAUCUGACUUAUCUGAAGCAGACUCUGCAUGUUGUAUGGAUCUCCCAAGUGAAACAUCUCCAGUGACUUGUGGGCAACGGGGACUGGAAUGGGACUCAGGAUAUUCUGAAGUGUCUGGGGGCUCUUUGCGGGGAGAGGAAGAGGAGGAGGAAGAAGAAGAAGUAGAGAAGAUUCCCGCUCCUCCUGUAAUGCGACGGAAUCUUCUUCCCCCUUGUCAGCGCCUCUCCUCUGCUGGACCUCUCCGUCCAAGCCAAGGGAGGGUACGGCCCAAGUCCACAUCAGAUGUUUGCUUAGAACAAUGGGGGGGUAUCGGAAUGGGAGUUGGUUCUCAGGACUGGACAGGAUGUCUUCUUUCCCAGUGCCGAAGUCGCCAACCAUUGGUUUUAGGGGACAAUAGCUUUGCAGACUUGGUCAAGCAAUGGAUGGACUUGCCAGAAAAAGGGGAGGAAGAUGAGAGACGGGCCAGAGAUGCUAGUAAAUGGUUAAACAAGCCCCAUGGUUUCCUAGUCAGCCUGUCUGGUAAUGUGAAAAGGCGGCUUGGCAAUAUAUCCAGAACUCGAGGCCGCCCGGAACAAGAAAGUGUCAAAAGACUAUCUUGUCCCCAGUUGGGCUGCCGGCCACUCUCUCUGUACUAUCACCAGUCUCUUUCAGAUAUUGCAGAGGCAUCUACGGGCCUAUUACACUGCCGCAGCAGGCAGCCAAUCAUAUGCAGCGACAAUGCAAGAUUCCUAUAGUACUCAGCCUUAUAUGGACACUGCACUCAUGGUAUGUGUGUAUUUAAAUAUAUACAUAUGUAAUUAUAUAUGAAAUAUAUACAUAUGCAUAUAUAAAAUAAACCUA